AUGGGGCUUCUUGGAGGAAAUAGUGUCACGAUGUGCAGGUGGAGCCUCGUUUCCUCGCGCGCGGGGUCCGCACGUAGCCAUUUUGGCUCAAGGGCAGCGCUCCGCCGAGGUCCUUCGGCUGCACGGUGGACACUUGCUCAGUUCUGGCGAAAAGAUGCCGUGGGUACCGCUGGUGCUUGCCAUGAGCUUGGCCGCGGCCGUGCCGGCGGGCGCCGAGGGGGACGAGACGUGCGCGGCCGACGGCACGGGCUGCGUGGAGCUGCCGGUGUACCCCGCGUGCGAGCACAGCUGCGGCUGGCAGAGGUGCAUCGGCACGAACAGCGGGAACACCGAGCAGAUCUGGCCCGUGUGCCCCACGGCCCAGACGGCUGUAGGAAUUGCAAGGAUAGAGAGGAGAGGUGCCCGCAGUUCGCGCGAGCCUAUCAGGGGCUCGGGUGCGAGGACAACCCGUCGUACAUGAUCGACGUGUGCGCCCACUCGUGCAACACAUGCCACUUGAAGGACUUCGCAGCACGGUGUAAGCACCUCGUGGACAUGCCCGAAUCCCUGGAACCAGGAACCAUAAAUCAGACCUUUCAGCGCAUGCGCAGCAUAAAGGGCCUUGACGUGGAGAUUCUGAGCGAAGAUCCGUGGAUUGUCAAGUUUCCUAAGUUCCUGACCGAUGAAGAGAUAGACUUUCUCAAAGACGCGAAUACCCGGGGGCCGUGGGAGGAAGCUUCCGACACUGGCGCGCUGGACGAGCAUGGAAGGCGUAAAAAAGUUUUCUCGAGUGGCAGGAAGACGGAUGUGGCCUGGUGCAACUGCCAAUGCCAAGAGCAUCCUGUUGGCAAGCGGCUCGUAUCCCGCAUCAGCGAAAUAUUGCGAGUCCAUCCUCAUUACAUGGAGUCAAUGCAGUUUUUGCGGUACGGGAAGGGCAUGUAUUAUCGUGCGCACCAUGACGCAGCGGCAGUACGCAGGCGUGACGACCCAGGAAACGUGAACAAGCAUCGAAUCUACACGUUCUUCAUGUACCUGAACGAUGUGACCAAAGGUGGGGGCACCCGGUUUCCUAGUCUUGAUUUAGAAAUUCAGCCUGAGCGUGGUUCUGCGAUCUUGUGGCCGUCGGUGCAUAACCACGAUCCGUGGGAAGUGGACCACCGGACAAGGCACGAGGCAUUGGAGGUUGAGGACGGCGAGAAAUUGUCGAUGAAUUUGUGGUGGCAUUUGGGCCCCCAUGCUCUGGCGCACUACAUCGGCUGCUCUGGCGCGCCCAUCCGUUGA